UAAGGGUCAGUUUGUAAUGUAAUCGGCGUACUCCGAAAUGUCAUUUUCUAGUCUCUAACGAAUUUUGUAACGCCUCCCACCCGUGAACAGUGUGAUUUAUCGCUGGAUGUGAGAUACUGUUGGUUGUUGGGACAUGUAAUCCACUGCGAACGACUGCUUUUAAUGUCGCUCUGGAUAUUAACUCCCACUAACUCCGCCUUCGUGAAUCUCGAGGAGUACUCUGGUGAUAAUAUCGACCGCAACCCGGGAAGCAGGCUUGUAUUUACUUCGUGUAGCCUACAGCCAGUUAGCAGGAAUGGCAGACGAGUCUUUGUUUGACUUUCUCCACAUGGAGAUUGUGUCACACAUUUAUAAGGAGCAGCAAUCCAGUAAAGGAGAGAUGGACAACAAGGACAGAGCUGUCUGUGUUUCUGUCCUUGAAGGCAUGGGCUUCAGGGUGGGACAAGGACUCAUUGAAAGGUUGACCAGGGACUCUCCCAGCUUCAAGGAUGAGUUGGAUGUAAUGAAAUUCAUCUGUAAAGACUUCUGGACGAAGGUCUUCAGGAGGCAGGUUGACAACCUCAGAACAAACCAUCAGGGUACCUAUGUCCUGCAGGACAACAAGUUUUCUCUGCUCACUCAGCUGUCCAGUGGAAAACAGUACCUGGAUCAGGCUCCAAAGUACCUCGCUUUUUCAUGUGGUGUGGUGAGAGGAGCUCUGUCUAACCUUGGUCUGGACAGCGUUGUGACAGCUGAGGUCUCUGUUAUGCCGUCCUGUAAGUUUCAAGUGGUGAUCCAAAAGUUGUGACCUGAUCCUAUCUGCUACCCUGGGAUUGAUGAACAGCGCCCUGUGGGUUUCUGUUGAUCCUGAGGAGAGGAUGGCCGUUCCUGUCCAACCAAAGAGGGAAUCAAGUGUCACCAUGAUUUUCACAUCUGUGUCAAAGAGGACAAGCCAUGUUCUGCUGACAACCAGGUACCCAUGACAGAGCAAAAAGGGUUAACCAGGGCUUACCAUAUAUUUGUGAUACUCUGAUACAGAAGGUUUGGUUUAUCCCUUUUUGCAUUUGAUAGUUUAUUAUCAAUUUAAGUGAAAUAAUGGAUGUUUUCAACUUAGGUUUUCACUAAAUAAGUUGAGCUUCGCCCUGACUGAGCCUUUUCGGUCGAGCUUUGAAAAGAAAUAUUGACUGUCAGUGAUGUGAAUACAAUAAUGUGAAUGUGUAGUAAAUCACAAGAUAGUUUAAUGUUCUUUGUAAUGUGUUGCAAUGUUUGAUGCCCAAACUGAGAGAAGGGACAAAGAAAUUCUAAGAAAUAAAUGAAAGUUAAAAUUAAUUUAGGAUAAGAAUUUACUGCCGUACCAUCUCUUCGAGCAUCCAUCCUAAUAAUAGCUAGAACUCUUGAAAAUCUUUGCACCUGGCCCAUCCGAUUCAUUAUUCAACAUUUGUUUCUCUGCAGAAUCUGUAACUAGCUCCUGGUGCUUUGCUCUGCCUUGUGGCGGAUUGCCUUUAGGAGCUGGGUGUUUCAUGCACACUGGUGGUCAUUUAAAUUUCAGUUAAUUUUAAGGCAAAAUGCAAAUCUAGAAUGAGUCAUUGGUGCAGGACUCUUAGUUUAAUUAUGUUCUGUCAUUAGAUUUGGGGGCAGUCACUCUAAUCUUUUGUAGGGAUAUCACAUUAUGGAGUUGACCGCUUACAUAUUAUUUUUGGCACCAAAAUGUACAUUUGAUGUUCCUUUUGCACAGCAUUAAUAUGUGUAGUAUGUAGUGUUGAUAUUUUCCUUGUAUACAGUCAGUUGCAAAUGGGUUUUGAUCUUGUUGUAUGGCUCCGAAGUAAUUUCACAUGAAUUUCUGGGUUACAUUUGUUAAAUAACACAUUGCUUUGUAUAAAAAUCUCAUCAAACAUGAAUCCUAAAACAACUUACAACUUCACAAGUAUGUGCUGUUUCUUAAUUAUUUUGUUUUCUCAACUUAACAUUCCUCUUAAUUGUAUAAUAAUGUUGUGAAAAAAUGCCACCAAACAAAGCCUGCUGAAUAAGAAAAGACUAUUCAAUGAUUUAGUGAUAAAUCACCUCUUGGGUAGAUGCUGUUGCCUCUCUGAGCCACUAGAUGGAGACAGAAAGCUUGCAUUACUUCCAUGUCGGUCGCUUUACCAUUUUUUCAAAUUCUGUCCAGGAUCCUCUUCCCUUUUCUACCUUGUUCUCUCAAAUUUCUAGUUUGUCUGUCUGAUGCACUCUGAGCUGAGCAAACAUGGCUGUACAGUGCCAUGUAAAACAACCCAUGUGAAUUUACUUGUACAAUAUUUAUUAGGACAAAUUAAUCUCUAACAAUUAUGUGAUUUUAAAAAGUCUGUUAGAAUAACCACAGUGUCUCCCAUUAAUUAUUUCAAUAUUUGUUAUUCAUAAUAAUAAUAAUAAUAAUUGGUGAUCAAAUAAGGUGUGAUACCUUUUGCAUAUCCUAUUUUCCAUGUAUGGUAUUUUAAUUCAUAGAAAUUAUCCAAAAAAUGUUUUCACAUUGACUUAAAAAAUAACAUACCAAUUCAAAACUUGUUCUCACUUUUUAUGGCACUGUAAAGAAUAAAAUACACAUUGAAUUGAACUGUUUAGUUAUAAUAAUCUAUGCAUCACCUUUUCUCUUUUUUAUUACUUCUCUGCAUAACAACAUGUUUCGCUGUGUGAACUAGCAACCGCAGGUCCAUUCCCCACCAUCCCUGCUUAAGUUAUUAAUAUUUCCUUGAUGCUGUUGAUCCAUAUCAUGAGCUUGGUAUUAAGACGUUCUACUGUAUGUGAGUGAGACUUUUGAGAUAUUCCCAGCAGGCUACACUGUUACUCCCGUUAUCAAGAACAUAAGGGUCAACAUGAGUUCUUAGUCAGUGUAAACAAUAACCCUCAUACUGCUGCUGUUAAAUCCAUCAUCAGAUAUGGUACAGUAUUUAAUGUUUGGAUUUUCAUUGUAGUUACAUUUUAGUAUGGCUCUAGUUGAAGGAUUAUGGUGCUCAAUCUGUUUUUACUUUUGUCUCUGCUCUAAUAAAGUAUCCUGACUGUGUUCCAAUA